CUGUAAGCGUGUAGGGCACAUCAGAAAAAAAUGCUGGUUUUUGAGUAACAGUUCGGUAAAACUUGUAAAACAAGAAGACGACUCCGCGAGUGUACCGCCCUUUGACAAGUUCAAUAGAGUACGCAUAAGUGAAUCUAGCGACGAAUCAGAUAUCAACUGUAUGAAGAUUGGGGAUGAUAAAAGUGACCCGUGUUUAGUACAGGUGAAAGUUCAAGGACGGAAAUUGUUGAUGGAGGUCGACACAGGAUCGGCAGUAGCAGUGAUCAGUGUAAAACUUUAUAAAAAACGGUUUCAUUCGAUGGACAUUAAAUUAUGCAGCAAAAGGCUAGUUGUGGUUAAUGGUUCCAGACUUGAGGUUGUUGGACAGAUUUCAGUAGCAGUUGAGUUAAAUGGUCGUAGUAGCUUAGAGAAACUUAUUGUUUUGAAAAGUGAAAAUGAUUUCACCCCUCUACUCGGUAGAGACUGGAUGGAGACUUUUUAUCCAGAGUGGAAAUUGCAUUUCAAAAACACUGUUACAAUAAACCAUUUGAAUGCAGAGCAGUUGCGGGAAAAAGCUAUCGGUAAUAUCCAAAACCAAUUUAAAAAAGUCUUUAGUAUAGAUUUUUCCGAACCUAUUGUAGGCUACAAAGCUGAUCUUACAUUCAAGUCUGAGCAACCAAUAUUCAAACGGGCAUAUCAAGUACCAUACAAGCUAAAAGAAAAGUUACUGGGCCAUCGGCUAGAGCAACAGGGAGUCAUAUCGCCUAUUAAGGCUAGUGAGUGGGCGUCGCCCGUGAUUGCAAUCCCAAAAAAGGACGGCGAGAUUCGCAUGAUAUCUCUGGCCGGUCGUCGGCUAACAGCCCAUCGCAACCAGCUAAAAAUGGUAGAACAGCCGCGCCAACAGUCAAGAGUGUUCGUACCCAAGGGCAGGAUGGAAUCCAGCAAGCGUCGCAGAAGUAUCUCUGACGAAGAAGACUGUUGCGGAUUCCCCGAUGUUCCUUUAGUGCCAGAGGACAUCCAACCGGAGAAAAAGCGUCAUGUGCAGAUUCGCAGUCCUGUAGUGACACGAUCGAAGGCUGGUUCAGCUAUCAGAAGUGAUUAAACAAAGAUCUGAAAGAUUGUGAAAGCAAUGUCGAAGUUGUUUAAAAUUAUUGAAAAAUAUCGUAAACUCAAGUAACAAAAGAAGAUAGAAAUUCUUGAUGAAUUUAUCUAAAAAGGGAAGAACUAUAAUAUCCCUAUUUUGUGUGUUCUGCAUUAAGAGUGCUAUCGAUAUUGUACUAAAAAGAAUUCUCUCAAAAGAUAUAAUAAAUGAGCUCAUUCGAACUUAAGCCGCAACCGUAAGCGGAGGCAUUUCAAACGUGUGUCCUUUUAUUGAAAGCUUAGUAAGAAAAUCUUAAAAUCAAAUAGCGUAAUUCUUAAUCUUUUUAUUUAACAAAAGGCAGAUAU